GUCACACGCAGCAGUCUGGUCGGGUUCUCUGUGGUGCGCACGGUUGUUUAAGCGGUGCAUUUCCUCCUUUAUCUGUGGUAUUUAAUCAACUAAAGGCCAACAAAAUCACAAGUUGCGCUUGUGUGCGUGCGUGUGUGUGUGUGUGAGUGUGUAAAAAGAGUAAAGCAGAAGCGGCAAUAACAACGACUAACCACAACGAGAGAGCGCAACUCUGUUUCUGCUUGCAGAUGUGGAAAUAACUAGCCGAAAAUAUAAUAAGAAAGCAAUAAGACAACGAAAACUGCCUUGCUGGCUUAGCGGAUUUACCAUCGUCGACGUCGUCAACGUUGUUACAAAAAUACAAAAAAAAAGAAAGCAUGGAAGUUCAAACGGUAAACAAUCUGCACAGCACCGCCGCUCUGUUGUCCUCACUGCAAGGUGGCAACAGCGCCAACAGUCCGAAUGCCACGCCCAAGAAGAGCGCCGCCGCCAAUGCCGGCGCUGGCUCGGCCAAGAAUUCCUCAACAGAAGUCGCCAUCCUCGAGCAGCUCAAUAAGAAGCAGCAGCACCUCGACCAACAGGAACAGUUGCAAGCAGCCGAACACAGUCACGACUGCGACAGUCCGGCCAGCUCCAAUUCGGAACUAGAUAAGAAUUUUCAUGAGCUGCGCGACAUGAAUGGCUCGCUCGCUGGUAGUGGCAGCGUUGGCAAAUCGAAUGGCUCCCUUAGCGGUGCCUCUUCCACCAAUUCGGCGCCUCCGGGCGCUAGUGGACGCAACGACGGUGGGGGAGAUUGUAUUGGCAACAUCAGCGCAAAUGAGCCAGCAACGAAUGGCAACGCUUUGCCAGCGGGUGCUGCUGGUGCGGCACAUUUGAAGAAACGCAUCUCAAGCAGCCGAACGCCCACACGCAAGGCGCAUCGCAUCAAGUUCUAUCGCAACGGCGAUCGCUUCUAUCCAGGCAUUACCAUACCCGUCUCCAAUGAGCGCUAUCGCUCCUUUGAAAGCCUGUACGAGGACCUGACACGUCUGCUCGAGGAGAACGUCAAGAUACCAGGUGCUGUGCGCGCCAUCUACAACAUGGGCGGCAAAAAGAUCACUGCUCUGGAUGAACUUGAGGACGGCCAGAGCUACGUUUGUUCCUGCAAUAAUGAGAAUUUCAAGAAAGUAGAAUACAAUACCAGUUCACAGCCGUUGGCCAAUCUGACGCUGGCGAACAACAGUCGGUCCACGAAUCAUCGUUUGGCCAAGCUGCAACGCCCCGCUUCGCCGCUAAAGAAUGGAGCCUUGAUCAGCAGCACGGGCAGCAACAAUGCGCCUGCGUCUAAUGGUGGGGCAGGCGCCACAAAUGGCAGUCCGCUGAACAGCUCCCGGUUCAAUGAGCGGAAUAGUAUUGUCCAUCCGAAAAUUGUGACACUGAUAAGGAACGGCACGAAGCCGCGUCGGAUAAUGCGGCUGCUCUUGAAUAAGCGCAACAGUCCCAGCUUCGAGCAUGUGCUGACCGCUAUCACACAGGUAGUGCGACUAGAUACUGGCUAUGUGCGCAAGGUGUUCACCUUGUCGGGAGCAUCGGUGGCACAGCUGGCCGAUUUCUUCGGGCCGGAGGAUGUGUUUUUCGCCUAUGGCACGGAGCGUGUAAAUACCGCCGAGGACUUUAAGCUGGAAGCAGAUGAGCAGCGAGCUAUCAAUGCCAUACGAAAGACACUGCGCACGGCAGGCACCACAUGCAAGGGACCCAAGCCCAAGAUGCCGGUCAAAAGCAAAAAGGUGUAUCCGGCCGAGGCGGCAGGGACACGCGAAGCGGGCGAAUCAGCCGCCACAGAGGAGGACGAGCAGGCGACGCUACUUAAGAAUACGGGCGUUGAAAUUGGCGAUCUGCCCGUCACCAUACGAGACAACUAUACGCUGGGCAAGAUGAUCGGUGAUGGCAACUUUGCCAUUGUGCUAAAGAUCAAAGAUCGACAGACGGGCUUGCCCUACGCCCUCAAGAUCAUUGAUAAAAGCAAGUGCAAGGGCAAAGAGCACUACAUCGAUGCCGAGGUGCGUGUCAUGAAGAAGCUCGAGCAUCCGCAUAUCAUAUCGCUCAUCAUGGAUGUCGAUCAGCAAACAAACAUGUACCUGGUCCUCGAGUACGUCAGUGGUGGAGAUCUAUUCGACGCUAUCACACAGGUCACACGCUUCUCGGAAAGCCAAUCACGCAUUAUGAUCCGACAUUUAGGCUCAGCCAUGUCCUAUUUACAUUCCAUGAGCAUUGUGCAUAGGGAUAUAAAGCCGGAAAAUCUUCUGGUCGAACUAGACGAGUAUGGCAAUGUUGUGCAACUUAAACUGGCCGACUUUGGAUUAGCCUGCGAGGUAACCGAGCCGCUGUUCGCUGUAUGCGGCACGCCCACCUAUGUGUCGCCCGAAAUAUUGCUGGAAGUGGGUUACGGUUUAAAGAUUGACGUUUGGGCUGCUGGCAUCAUAUUGUAUAUAUUGCUCUGCGGUUUUCCGCCUUUUGUUGCACCUGAUAAUCAGCAGGAACCGCUGUUUGAUGCCAUCAUCUCGGGCGUAUAUGAAUUCCCCGAUCCCUACUGGUCGGACAUCGGUGAUGGUGUGCGCGAUCUAAUCGCCAAUAUGCUGCAGUCGGACCCGGAUGUUCGCUUCACCAGCGAAGAUAUCCUCGAUCAUUAUUGGACAAUGGGCAAUGAGGAUAACGGUUGCAGCGGCGGUGUCGAUGGUGGCGAGUUUAGUAGAUGAAUCAUGGCCGUUUGGGGUGUGUAAGCAGUCUAGUUACACCUCAGCAGCCGUCAUCUAGUAGUUUUUGUAUUAUGUAAUUUAGCGCUAUUAUAUAGGCCUUAAUUUAUUAUUUAUACAUAUUAACACAUAAACUACACACAUUGCCGUUAAGAAAGAAUAGCAACAUAAAACAACAACAGCUGCAACAGAAAUAGAGAUCAUAAUAAUAACACUGUGACGGGCGCUGAAUGAUGUUGCGGACAGUUUUCUGAAAUUCCAAUUUCCAAACCGUUUACGGUUCGCUACUUUAUUUUCUUUUAACGCAUAUAUAUUUUUUAAAGAAAGGUACAUAUACAUACAUACAUACA